UCUUUAUCCCUAAGAAAAAGGCGAGAAUGAAAGGGGGAGCAAGCUCAUCAGAAACGCACUGCGCAUGCUCAGACUGCUCUCGCCAUUUAUGAAUUUUUAAUGGAAAAUGGCGGCUUUUCUCAUCCAAAUCCUCGGAGCUCGGAGAUAAAAAAAAGCCAAGAACAAAAAGCCUCUUUUUCGGGCGUUGUUUACCAUCGUUUUGACGCUCGGUUGCCGGCUAUCGGAUGCGAUGAGGGCCCGCUAGCAGGAGGGGAAAAGAUGAUGUAUGAAAAUGAAUCUUUUCGCGCUCUGAGGCGAUGAAAGCUCCUUUUUGCUCUUUAACUCUUUCCGUGCCGACGUCAGACAACAAAUAAAAAAGAUGAUGCGUCAGGUGACAAGCGGCGACUUCUGCAUGAACGCGCGGCCGUCGUGCCUGGCGGAGGACGGCCACCUGCCGGCGGCGCACUUUGACCUCUGCACCACGCAGUCCAACAAGUUCUACCCUCCUCCGCCGCCGCCGUCGCUCCAGAUGACGCUCGCCCCCAUGGCGCUGCCCGCUCAUAGCCACAAGGCGCUGGUGUGCCCCAGACAGGACGUCCUCGGGGGCGAGCCGCACUCGCCCGUCAAAGGCGGCGAGCCGGCCGCCGUGACGGUGACGGUCGGCGACGACGGCAAAAAGAAGAAGAAGGGUGGCGGCGGCGGCGGGAAAACGGGCCGAAGGGGGCGCCCGCCGGGCACCACCAAGCUGGCGGGCUACAGGACCAGCACGGGGCGCCCCCUCGGCACCACCAGGGCCGCCGGGUUUAAGACCAGCCCGGGCCGGCCGCUCGGCACCACCAGAGCGGCGGGCUACAAGGUGAGCCCCGGGCGGCCCCCCGGCAGCAUCAAGGGCCUCUCCCGCCUCAACAAACUGACGUACGGCGGCACCUGCAGCGGGGCCGCCUUCCCCUACCCUCUCCCCCACAAGGACAUCCUGUGUGAACCCUCGUGCGAGGACAAAAGUCCUACACACUAAAUUUUUUAUCCUUCAUCAUCCCCUGCUUUUUUAGUCAUGCUUGGAUUGUUUGCCCCCUGAACGCAACACCCAGGCGCGUGUUGCCUUCACUGACCGCGUCACCAGGUUUUGCGUCGGGCUCACUGACCGCUUUCCCGGAGUCCCAUUUUAUGUUCACUGACCAACUUCCCCCGGGUCAGGUGUUGCAUUUACUGACCGCUUCCUUUGGUCACGUGUUGCAUUCACUGACCGCUUCCCCUGAUUCACGCCUGGACAAACUUGAGAAGUUUGAAAAGUCAGCAUGAUGUUGUGAAACUGAGACUAACUAUUGGAAGGCGUGGCUACAAGUUGUCUUUAAAUGUGUCCAAUAAUAAUAAUGCAUGCGAGUGGUGACCUUUGACCUACUAAGGAAGGCUAAUGGCAUCCCUUUGUUCCCAUGGAGACCAACAGUGGUGGUAGUUUAUAGACAAUAUUCAUUAGAAUCGUGUAUGAUAAUUAACUUGAUCCUUUUUUUUGCUAUUUAUUCGUCUUUUCUUUGAAGCGCUAAAUCAGGGGUCGGCAACCCGCGGCUCUUUGGCCACUCUGAUGUGGCUCAGCUGCACAAUCGCCGACCCCCCCGAUUGUUACGGGGGGGAUUCCGGUUCUCGGAGCCUCUUCCGGACAUCACGCGGGGUCAACAUUCUCCGAUUUUCACUCGGACAACAUUAUUUUAGCGCCCUCUACAUUUUGACGCGUUUCACAAAAUAAAGAAGACAAUGGGAGCCGCAAACAUUGUCGCGAAUGACCGCUGGUGGUCACCCGUAUAACAGUAGUAAGGGCGUGCCAUGAAGCCGUUGCCUUUAACGCCUUCUACAACAUGUACAGACAUCUUGCCAGUCCAGUAACAUGUGGUAUGUGGCUUCCGCAGAUACACGUACACGACUACAAGGCAUACUCGGUGACACAGAGUACUAGAGAUGCGCGGAUAGGCAAUUAUAUCACCCGCAACCGCAUCACCAAAGUCAUCAUCCACCCGCCGUCCACCCGAACCAACAUUUUAUCAGAACCGUACCCGCCCACCAACCGCCCGCUGAAUUACAUCAGUGGUCGGCCGCCUUUACCACUCACAGACCUAUUUAAAACUGUUUCACAGAGUAAUGAAGACAAUUGGAGCCGCUAACGUUCUCGUGACUAUCCAAUAGCGUGGACGUGCUGUGAAGCCAUUGCCUUUGACACCUUCAACAACAUGAAAAAAACGAUUGUUAGUCCGGCAACAUGUUGCGUGCAGCUUCCGCAAUCACACGUACAAGAUUGAAAGGCAGCGGGUUGUAUAAAAUAGUCAGGGACUGUCACGGAUACAAAGGAUUCUGGGUAUUCGUUGUGUUGUGUUCUCCCGAAAUGCGUUUUGUCAAUCUUGUAUUGUGUGGCUUCACAGCGUAGUGAAUAUUACUAAGAGUGUUAAAAUUGUUUAUAUCACAACCAUUAGUGUACUCUGUGUCACCCAGUAUGCCUUGCAGUCGUGUGCGUGUGUUAGCGGAAGCCACACACAACAUGAUGCUGGACUGACAAGCAGAUCGUACAUGUUGUAGAAGGCGACAAAGCCAAUGGUUUCAUAGCAUGCCCUAAUACUUAUAAUCUGGGUGACUGCCGGCAGUCAUUCUGGAGAAUAAUAGCGUCUCCUAUUGUCUUCUUCGCUUUAUGACACGGGUCCUAAAUGGCUCUUUGAAUGGUAAAGGAUACCGAUCCCUGAACCAUGUAUAUCAAAUAUUUCCUGAUGGUUCAACCGCCACCCGCCCGAAUCUAAUUAAAAUAUAUUUUUUCGUCAUGUCACCCGGCCGACCCACGGUUUAUCCGCGGAUGAAACCGCAAACCGUGCAUCUCUACAGAGUACACUGAAGGUUGUGAUAUAAACAACUUUAACACUUUUACUAAUAUGUGAACCCACACCAAACAAGAAUGACAAACACAUUUCGGGAGAACAUCCUCACAGUAACAAAAAAUAAACACAACACAACAAAUACCCAGAAUCCUUUGCAUCCAUGACUCUUCCUGACUAUAUUAUACACCUCCGCCCACCUCAACCGACGCAUUGAAGUGGGUUUUGGUGCUAGCGGGGUGUAUAAUAUAGCCUGAAAGAGUCAUGGAUGCAUAGCAUUCUGGGUAAUUGUUAUGUUGCAUUUACAAUGUGUUACAGUGCGGAUGUUCUCCAGAAAUGUGUUUGUCAUUCUUGUUUGGUGUGAGUUCACAGUGUGGUGUAUAUUAGUAAGAGUGUUAAAAUUGUUUAUAUCACAACUUUCAGUGUACUCUGUGUCACCCAGUAUGCCUUGCAGUCGUGUACGUGUAUCUGCGGAAGCCACAUACAACAUGUUACUGUACUGGCAAGAGUUCUGUACAUGUUGUAGAAGCUGUCAAAGGCAAUGGCUUCAUGGCACGCCCUUAUUACUGUUAUAUGGGUGACCACCAGCAGGUAUUCGCGAGAAUGAUUGCGGCUCCCUCUGUCUUCUUUAAUUCGUGAAAUUGGCUCUUUGAGUUGUAAAAGUUGCCGACCCCUGCGCUAAAUGAACAAGGACAAGAGUUAGUGAAGUAAGUUAGCAUAUUUGUUAGGCCCAAGUGUUCAUUUCACCAUCUAAAUGUGACAUUUUGUGCAAUAACGUGUUUCUCCUGAUUAUUGUCGUAGGCUUAGACGUAUGUGUCACUUUGUGUGUCGUGUUUAGGUGCAGCUUGACCGGCCUUCACCAAAGAACGGGAUCUCCCUUCAAAACGAUGAAAUAUUUUGUCUUUAUUAUUGUUUUAUCACACACUAUCAGGCUCUGUUUCAUGCACCAUUUUCAGGACUUUCUCAAUUUGUGAAUCUCACACCGAUAAAAAGAAUUAAAGGCAGAAAAAUAUGUGUAUUAUAAACGACGAUGUAGCUUUGAGGAAGAAUUGGCAGCUUGUUUUUUCACUUUAGUACGUCCGCUAUUUUUUAUCACUUUAGUCACCAGUCACUGUUGUAUGUCGGCUAUUUUACUCGUAUUUCCGCUAUAUUUAUGACGUUUGUGGCUAGUAUGUCUGCUAUUUUUAUGUUCUUGGCAUCAUGAGACUUUUUAUAUGUCACACAUCGCUGAAGACUUUGUACAGUUCUCAUUUUAUUCCUGCAUGGUCGUUGUGGAAUGUUUAAAAGUUGUGUAUUAAAUGGAAAAGUAACUUGU